AUGGAGCCUCUCCACGAUCGCGGCCGUUUCCACAUUCCACUCCACAUUCCUGCCAUUGGCGAUCCAGAGCCCAUAGAACGCCUCCUGGAUAUCAACCUGGGUGAGCACCAGAUUAUCAGCCCUCUCGGUCGUACUGAACCUCCAUAUAGCGGCAACGAGAUUGUGUCGUUCCUCAACAUGAUCAUCACCCUGCGAAAAGAGCUUGUGUGCUUGGCAUGUUUCAAGGAACGGCAGAAGAGAGGCUCAUUCCGGUGCUCUUGCACACUACGUAAGCGCUUCCUGGAUCGUUGGCUGUGCGUGGGUUGCUAUGUGAAAGAAGAUCAUGCGGACAAAGCCAUGUCCAGCCAUAUUGUUGUCCAAGACGACGGCGGAGGAGGCCACCGUCACCUCUGUGCCUGUGGGGCGAGCUUCGGAGCGGGUCCACAGCCAAAAAUUCUUUGUAACUGGUGCAAGGGAGAGGUUGCAGGGGAUUGGGUUGACGCCGACGAGAUGGAGGACCGAGACGCCGAAGAGCCCGAUGAAGACGAGCAACAAGACGAGGAGCAUUCAGCUGCUGACUUUGCGCAUAUGGAGCCGGGUGAGCUUGGUUUUGCCAAAAAUCGCGACGAGUCGUUAUCAGUCUAUGUAGACGGCACUUGCAUUCGUGGAGAGCGUUUGGGGCGAGGCAUCGUGCGCAAAUGGAGGUUAGACGAAGGUCUGCCGGACGAAUGCAUUUGUUGUCUGUGCGAAGACGGCGAUGCCAACCACAACCACAACCACGAUGGAAACGACGGUGAGGCGAAUGAUGACGGAGACGAGUCUGAGACAGACGAGAACAGUACCAUGGCCAUCGAUGACGGUGAGAGUAACUGA